UUCUAUCAGUCGCAGAAGGGUUUUCAGGGAUUGUGAAGAUACUUUACUUACUUGAGAAGGAUUGGAAAGCCAACAUGUCCGCAGAAUUUGGUUUCCAUGUUGCUGACUAUGUCAUAUUCGCUGGGAUGAUAGCGUUCUCUAUCGGGAUAGGUGUGUACUCCGCCUGUUCCGGUGGGGGACAGAAGACUACCCUGGAGUAUCUGGUCGGGAAUCGUCGUCUGAAGAUGUUACCGGUCGCCGUUUCCCUUGUCGUUUCCUUUGAGUCGUCCAUACUGGUUCUGGGCUUCCCUGCUGAAGCGUAUAUCCACGGAGGAGAUCUUUUAUGGACAAGUGUUGGGUUAAUGGUAGCGAUGGUUGUAUCCUCACGAGUGACAGCUCCACUGUUCCACCCGCUCAAGCUUACCAGUGUAUUUGAGUAUUUUGAACUUCGAUACAAAAGUAAAGCACCUCGUUACCUGGGUACGGUCAUUGGGAUGUUGUAUUACAUAUUUUACAUGGGAAUCGUGCUGUACGGCCCAGCUAUAGCUUUGGAAGCAGUAACAGACUUUCCGUUCUGGGCUUCUGUAUUCAUCGUAGCAGGAACAGCGAUUAUCUACACCUCUAUAGGCGGACUCAAGGCCGUGGUGUGGACGGAUGUUUUACAAUGUAUCAUUAUGACGAUUGGUAUGAUUGUUGUAAUUGUAAAGGGUACAAUGGAUGUAGGAGAUGUCGGAAAGGUCUUCGAUAUUAAUAACGAAAAUCUACGAAUCAACUAUUUUAACUUUGACCCUGAUCCGACGGUCCGGCACACCUUUUGGUCACUAUUCGUGGGGUCAAUUAUAGGAUAUUCCGGAAUGGCUUUUAACCAGGCAACGGUACAACGGAUCAGCUCAGUCAAGACAUUGGAAGAGGCCAAAAAAAUUCUGUAUAUCUCUGGUCCUGUGUUCUUCGUGUUUGGCAUUAUUGUAAAUAUUGAGGGACUAGUAAUGUUUGCCUACUUCAAUGUUAUUGGGUGUGAUCCCGUGGAAGCAGGUAUUAUCAGGAACGCGAACCAGUUGCUACCCCACAUGGUGGUGAGGAUAUUCCACGGGCUUCCUGGGCUCUCCGGGCUGUUCCUCGCCUCUUUGUUUAGUGCGUCCUUGAGUACACUUUCCUCAGGACUUAGUUGUCUUAGCGCUCAGACAGUGGAAGAUUUCCUCAAACCUCGGUACAAGGACAUGUCCGACAGAAAAGCCACAGCCAUAGCAAAGGUUUCAGUGAUAAUCUACGGAGGGCUUUCUGUUACAAUAACAGCUUUGAUCGCAAACGUAUCAGGAUCUCUGAGUCAGGUGAGCAGCUCAAUCCUUAACUGCUUUGCAGGUCCACUCGCUGGCCUGUUCUUUCUUUCUAUAUUUUGUCCAUGGGCAACAAAAAAGGGCUUUCUCAUUGGUGGAACGAGUUCUAUGCUAUUUAUUCUAUGGUUAUCACUCGGAUCAAAUUUCUUCACGUCUGCACCAAGUCAGCCUUGGCUACCACCAAACCCUACAGAUAACUGCUUUCUCGACUCGACAUUAUUGGCAAAUACAACCAGCAUGACAAAUGCAUCGUUCUUAAACAACUCAAUGUCUGUUUCAUUAAAUGAUGUAGCUUCACGGAUUGUAAUAUAUCAAAAUGAAAUGGAUGUUUUCAAUUCAAUUGAACCACAAGGCAUUGACAAGCUUUAUUCGGUCUCGUUCCGGUGGUUUGGAGUCAUUGGAGUAACCAUGGCAAUUGUUAUUGGUGCUCUUGUAAGCUAUGUCACAGGCAUUCCACCAAAGGAUGAAAUCGAUGUGCGAUACAUAUUACCUCUCGGGGACCAGUUGUUUCCGUAUCUACCCAAAAAGGCACGUCGAUGGCUUGAGUUUGGGGUCGAUUUUGAAAAGAGAAUAAGAUGGCUAGAGAAACAGGACGUGGAAACGACAUAUCCAACCGAUCUGUUUGGAGAACUUAAUAUCGAGUUGUACGAAAUUAAGGAAUUUGACACUGUAUCGAGCGGGAAUGGUCCAAAUGCUAGUCAUGAUAUAAGAGAGUUUGAUUGAAAUACUGACAGAGUAACGACUUGAAAGUAGAACUAGAAUGUAAUGUUAUCAUUUGUUUAUGAAAUAUACUAAUGGUUGGCAUAUUUAACCAGAUUUGCAGCUGCAUAAUAUACUUUUGAUAGCAAAUUGACGACCUAUCGACUCAAAAGGACAAAUUAACUACGUACAUGUAUCAGCUCAACAGGAUAAAUUGACGACCUAUCGACUCAACAGGACAAAUUGACGAUCUAUCGACUCAACAGGACAAAAUUACUGCGUAUUGACUCAACAGGACAAAGUGACGACCUAUCGACUUUACAGGACCAAUUGACAAGCUAUCGACUCAACAGGACAAAUUUAGUACGUAUCAACUCAACAGGACCAAUUGACGACCCAUCGACUCAGCAGGACAAACUUACUACGUAUCGACUCAACAAGACAAAUUGACGACCCAUCGACUCAGCAGGACAAACUUACUACGUAUCGAUUCAACAGGACAAAUUGACGACCUAUCGACUCAACAGGACAAAUUGACGACGUAACAACUCAACAGGACAAAUUGAUGACGCAUCGACUCAACAAGAUACAUUUACGAUUUAUCGACUCAACAGGACAAAUUGACGACCCAUCGACUCAACAGGACACAUUGACGACCUAUCGACUCAACAGAACAAAUUGAUGACCCAUCGACUCAACAGGACAAAUUGACGAUCUAUCGACUCAACAGGACAAAUUUACUACGUAUUGACUCACCAGGACAAAUUGACGACCUAUCGACUCAACAGGACCAAUUGAAGACAUAUCAACUGAAAAGGGGAAAUUGAGGACUUAUCGACUCAACAGGACCAAUUGACGACGUUACGUCUCACCAGGACAAAUUGACGACCUAUCGGCUCGAUAGGACAAAUCGACUACGUAACCACCCAACAGGUCAAAUUGAUGACCUAUCGACUAAACAAGACAAAUUUACGAUUUAUCGACUCAACAGGACAAAUUGACGACCCAUCGACUCAACAGGACACAUAACGGCCUAUCGACUUAACAGUACAAAUUGAUGACGUAUCGACUCAACAGGACAAAUUGACGAUCUAUCGGCUCAACAGGACAAAUUUACUACGUAUUGACUCAACAGGACAAAUUGACGACCUAUCGACUUAGCAGGACCAAUUGACAAGCUAUUGAUUGAACAGGACACAUUAACUACUUAUCAACUCAACAGGAUCAAUUGACGACCUACCGACCCAACAGGACAAAUUGACGACGUAACGACUCAACAAGACAAAUUGACGACGCAUCGACUCAACAAGACAAAUUUACGAUUUAUCGACUCAACAGGAAAAAUUGACAACCCAUCGACUCAACAGGACACUUGGACAACAUAUCGACUCAACAGAACAAAUUGACGACCUAUCAACUCAACAGGACAAAUUGACGACCCAUCGACUCAGCAGGACACAUUGACGACCCAUCGACUCAACAGGACAAAUUGACGACCUAUCGACUCAACAGGAUAAAUUGAUGACGUAUCAACUCUACAGGACCAAUUGAAGACAUAUCAACUGAACAGGGGAAAUUGAGGACUUAUCGACUCAACAGGACCAAUUGACGACGUUACGUCUCACCAGGACAAAUUGACGACCUAUCGGCUCGAUAGGACAAAUCGACUACGUAACGACGCAACAGGUCAAAUUGAUGACCUAUCGACUCAACAA